GCGCGCCUGCACUCUGCACUCUACCCAUUACCCAUCACGCCCAGACUUGCUUGUCAGAAGUAGAAGUCCAUAUCCACGGUCGCGCAUAUUUCACCGACAUUAGAUUACUUCUACCAUCUUUGCUUCCGCCCGUCUAAGCUUACCCAGCGAAUCCUCGCGGCGCAAAUCCGACAACAUGCCCGACGUUAAGAGAUGGGUCAAGCUCAUCACCCACCAGAAGCCCAUCGCAGAGCCUUCGCCCGUUGAGGGUUUCCCUAUGCGAGCAUGGAGCAUCGAGGUCUGGCUACUGGAUGACCAGGGCAAUGAGGUCAUGCCAAACGUGUUCGAAAAGGCCGUCUACAACCUACAUCCGUCAUUCGAGAAGAACAAGCAUGUUAUCAAGAAGCCACCGUUCCGCAUCGACGAGAAGGGUUGGGGCGAGUUCGACAUGACUAUUGUCCUGACUGCCGUCGGCAAGGGCGGCGACCACACGCUCGAGCACGAUCUCAACUUCCAGUCUGAGCGCUAUGAGGCCAAGCAUCAGGUGACCUUCCGGAACCCCAAACCAGAGCUCCUCACUCUCCUCGCAGAGUCCGGCGCCGCCGAGGCAAACGGCAUGCGCAACAAGGACGCGGCCAAGAAGAAGAGCCGAAGGGACAAGAACGUCGACAUGGAAAAGUUGGCCGACGGUCUGCAGAAACUCAGCGAGGACGACCUUCUGCAUGUGGUUACCAUGGUUCACGAUAACAAGACCAGCGAGACGUACACUAAGAACGACGUUGAGAAUGGCGAAUUUCACGUCGACUUGUACACCCUGCCUGACUCGCUUGUCAAGAUGCUCUGGGACUUUACCGCCUCAAAGACCGACUUAUAGAUGGUGCGCGAAAGCAACGUCUGCGUAGCAUCAUCUUCCGUCGUCGCGACUCGACCAGCUCGAUACCCAUACACUCGAUACCAUCCGACCAGCAAAACUGCAACCCAGGUCCAGCAGCUUACCACCACCGCGACACGCUGUAACCCAUAACCUCCCCCAUGCGCAUACGUCGGAUCCCCUUCUUCAUCUGAACAUGGUUAUAUCUCAAAUUCUCUGUUCUCCCCUCUUCUUCCUGUUUUCAUAUGUCCAUUCGCCCAGAAGCCUUCGCCACACAAGGGCAAGCAAAAGCUGGGACUGUGGUGGUGCGGUGUGGCUGGGCUGGCUUGCUGUAUGCAUUUCAAACAGCUAGUCAAGGCAAAGUUUGAAGAUUUUUUUGGUCGGCGCUGGGUUCUUUCAAGGAGGGGAUGACUAAAGGGGAGCUUUUUUGGAUGUAUGCAUGGGAAUCUCUGGAAGGGAUGGGGAGCAUCACAAAUAUAAUUGAAUCUUAGUU